UUUUGCGCUCCAGCCUGCUGAACUGACGGACGCGCGAGACCGCCGCCGCCGCUCAUCGGUGCCGCGUACGGGCUAAGGACUACUCACACACCACAAACUGCAGACUUUCCAUUUUUAUAAGUUGGCCUUUUUUUAAAAAGUCGUUUCUUCAGGAAGAUUGAGAUCUCUUUUACGUGAUGGAGAAGAUGUCUCGACCUCUUCCUAUAAACGCAACUUUCCUACCUCCGACCCACGGCGUCCUCAAAUCCCUGCUGGAGAAUCCCAUGAAGCUACCUUUUCACCACGAUGAAGGGUUCGGAAAAGAGAAAGAGAAGGAGAAGAAGUUGGAAGACGAUGCAAGCACUCUCAACACCCCUCAGUCUGCCUUCCUGGGGCCGACUCUGUGGGACAAGACCCUGCCGUACAACGCCGACAACUUCCAGCUGGAGUAUAUGGAUUUAGAGGAGUUCCUGUUGGAGAAUAAUAUUCCCGCCAACCCACAGAGCGAGCAGAGCCAGCCUUCCCAGCCGCCCCUGCAGCCGCCCUCGGCCCCGCCCACUCCCUCAGUGGUGGAUCUCAGUAACCGUGACAACAGCAGCUCUCACAAUGGGAUGGUCGCUCAAAACUGCCUGCAGAAUCCCACCAGACCAGGUUUGCCGGCGUCUCGUGAUACCCCCAGUCCCAUUGACCCAGACUCCAUCCAGGUGCCGCUGGCAUAUGAGCCGGACCCUGCAGACCUCGCCCUCUCCAGCGUCCCAGGACAGGAGAUCUUCGACCCGCGCAAACGCAAGUUCAGCGCAGAGGAGCUCAAGCCACAGCCUAUGAUCAAGAAGGCACGCAAGGUCUUCAUUCCAGAGGACUUAAAGGAUGACAGAUACUGGGCACGACGCAGAAAGAACAACAUCGCGGCCAAGCGUUCGCGGGACGCCCGGCGGCUGAAAGAAAACCAGAUCGCCAUCCGUGCCGGAUUCCUGGAGAAGGAGAACGCGGCGCUGCGAGCGGAGGUGGCCGACCUGCGCAAGGAACUGGGCCGCUGCAAGAACGUUCUGGCCAAAUACGAGGCGCGACACGGCCCUCUGUGAGGCCCCUCCCAUUCCCACAGAAAAACCCACAUCCACAAAGCCCCGCCCACCGACUCCACCCCCAGGGACUUCUGCGUGGCCCUUUAAGAGGCGCCAAAUUCUUUUCAUUGUAAAUCAGUGUCUGUCUUUUUCUUCUUCGUAGUUUCUCGAAUUUCGCCAUUUUAUUCCUUCAACGACGGAUCGUUUAUUUGGAAAUGAUUCAACAUGGUUUUCUGGAGUGUUUUAUACACUGACUGAUGAAUAUUUCCUGUCAAUCAUCCACUCGGCUCCUCCCCCUCCUGCCAGAGGCUCCACCCACCUCCAGUUGCUUACGCUUUCUUUCUUUGUUUGUUUGUUUGUUGUGUAUGUUAAUAUGUUUCAGUUGAAUAGCUGUAAAGCACCGACACCUUUCGUUCUGUACACAAAUGUUCGUCGUCCGAAUAUGUUUUUGACUUCAUCAUUACUUGUGAACCAACACCAGCGUAAACAUUUUUUGACGUCUUUCCUUUGGUUGUCCACGGAGCAAUAAUCUCUUCAGAGGGCGAAACACAUGAAAUGUAAGCUAAGAUUCGUCUGUUUUCAUUGCCGCCAUUUCCUGCUGUCGUGUGGAAACUUUUCCCUCCAAAACUCAUCGGAUCCUCUGUCGCUCGAACUCCCUGCACUAAUGCGUGUUUCACAAUCUGAUCUGGUGCAAUGUUUCUACCUACACUAUAAUCUGCCUGAUAUAUAUAAAUAUAUUUAUGGACUCUU